AUGGCAGCCACCGUGAACGUUUUACUUCCAAAUGGUCGUAGACAAAAUGUGAAAGUAACAGCCAAUACGCGCAUUUUGCAGGUCAUUGAAAAUGUCUGCAGUAAAGUGGGAUACAAUCCUGAUGAACAUAACUUGAAACACCAGCGCAGUAUCCUGGACCCCCAGCUUUCGGUCCGCUAUGCCAACCUGCCCAACAACUGCAAGCUGGAGCUUGUCAAGGCUGACCGGCCCCGGACUGAGUCGGCGGUCUGCCUCGCCCUGCAGACGGAGUCCGGGGAGCGACUUCAGCGGGAAUUCCCUCCGGCAACCAGCCUCUGGGACGUGCUGCUGCACUGGGAGACACAAAAUGAAAGCAUGGCUGGCAAGUUGACUGCAUCUUCCCAAGAAGCAGAUUCAGGCAAAUCCGUCCAUCCUGUUUGUAUCUACUUGAGGCAAGAGAUUGUUGGAGAAACCUGGCUCAGAGAAACGACAUUAAAAUCUCUUGGACUGACGAGCGGAAAAGCAAUCAUCAGGCUAAUCCACAGAGCGGUCGAUCUUCCAGCUCCACCUGCACAAGCGGCAAAGGCUACCCCCGCAACUCAGAUGCAGCAGUCCACUCAUCCAUCACCUCCUGCGCCUCAGGGACAGUCCACUUCAGCAUCUGGGGGUGAUACCAGCAUGGAAGCUAUGGAGCUGCAGAAAAUGGACACAGAACCUGGAACUAGUCAAGCAAGUUCCCAAGAGGACAGUGACAUGAAGGAGAUGAAUUUAAAAGCAUUCGAAGCCGACGCUCGGAACAAAAGUACCAAACCAAAACCUAACGUUAUUCAAUCAGAGAUUAAAUCGCUAGAUUCUGCUCUCCCCGAUUCCCCUCAACCCAUGGACGUUGAAGAAACUCCAAAAGCAAGUCAAGCGGCUCCUGUUCCAAGCAGAAAUCUUGAAGGAAAUGCAGGGGCGCGCCCUAAGCAAACACAGUCGAGACGGGGGGAUGCUGCGCCACAACAGAUGCCCAGCUCGCAGCUCACCCCAGAAAUGGAACAGAAAGCUAAUUUAAUGGGUGCGGCUCUCGCUGAAGCUAUUCUGAAACACCGUACUGAGCAACAGCUAGCCCAGCUCAAGCAGUCUUGGUCGGCUCAGCUGCAGAGCAGGCCAGCAUUUGCAGAAUUCAAGUUUCCAGAGAAGCCCAGUGGCCAUCCGCCGCCAUUGGGUCUCAAGCAGACGUCUAGCCAGCCCCCAGAGCCCUGCGAGAGGCAUCCGCUCGUGUUUAGUCUGGACCAGGUUACGGGGGACAAGCCGGUUACCGGUCAUGACCUGCCGGACGAAUUUUUUGAGGUGACUGUGGAGGAUGUGCAGAGAAUGAUGGCUGACCAGCAAUUGCAGCUGAGCCGUAUGGAUGAGCAGCAUCUACAGACCCGGGCGAUGCGGGAAGCAAAUGCCUUCAAGAAGGCCAAGGAGUACUCCAAGGUGGCCGUACGUGUCCACUUCCCUGACCGCUACAUCCUGCAGGGGUUCUUCCGACCUCUGGAGCUCGUCAAAGCCCUCGGAGACUUCGUCCGAGAUCAUCUACAGGAUCCCCAAACCGCAUUCUACCUGUACACCACUCCGCCCCGUCGCAUCCUCAAGGACAAUUCCCUGUCGCUCUUCAAGGCUGAGCUGUUCCCGGCUGCCGUGGUCCACUUUGGGUCCGAGAUGGGCCGCGAUCAUUACCUACGGGAAGAUCUCUUGAGCCAGUUGACGUCUUUUCGCAGAGCUACAGAAGAAGCCACGUCAGUCAUUCAAAGAAGCAUCUCACAGGAUGAGGCUCCAGCAAUUACUCACUCAAGCAUAAACCAAAGUGUGCAGCUGGGCCCAUCAAGUGGGGCAUCGACAUCUAAAGCCUCUGCCCCAGGCAAGGCAGAACCUCCCGGGCCCAGCAAGAGACAGGCUAGCGGAGAGGCAGCCGCCAACUCCAAGAAGAUACCCAAGUGGUUCAAAAUGGGGAAAAGGUGAAAGACUCAUGUGUGCUUCAUCUCAGAUGGAAUAAGUACAAAUUAUGAUCAUCUAUUAUUUAAAUAAAUGGUAUCAUUCACUAAGUAUCAAUUGAUGCAAACAAACCGUUUGUUUGAUAGAUAAUAUGUGCUUUUGGUAUGCAGUGUCUAAAGAUUAUUAUCUUACAACUGUUCAUACAACCGUAUGUUCAGUUUUGUUCUGCAGACUUCCAUCAGUGCAAUCUGUGAACUUCAUGCCGAUGGAAACAGGUGAUUGUUGUAAAGUAUCUUGCUCAUGAACAUAAGCCCAUGACUCCUGUCGGAGUUUGAAACCACAGAUGUACCGGCACCACUGCAGACCUGUCAAUCACUAAACUGAGCAUAGCACUCUUUGCAUACAUUUACAUCUAAGUCUUGUCAAGCCUGAUUUAUUUUCCCAAUUUUUAUUAUUUAGAACAAAAGCAUACCAUUAAGGCUUUGUUUCAAAUGAAAAGCAUUUUCGGUUCAGAAAUUGAAAUGAUUUCAAAGAGCCCAAAACAGUUUUGUCCAGCAAAUCGUCAACUUUGAUGAAAAUAAAAACAGUGGGUUUAAUUUUUAAAAAAAAGGUUGGUUUUGAGUUUUCUUCGGUUACAAUGUUUUUGGAGGUACCAUGUAAACUAUGUAAAACAGUCACCAUGGCGACAAGUCAUAAUAUGUGACUUUGUUCACAGUUUUUUCUCCUUAAAUACCAGUCUGUGUUCCUUCAAAAUACAAAUGUACGUAGUCUUUGAAAUGCAAUCAAAGUAUAUGCACGCAAAUGGUUCUAAUUGACAUGUAGCUUGGGGGACAAAAGUCAAUAUUAAGAUUAACAAGUGGUUUCUGGUUUAUUUCUCAAACAUUUAGAUUGGAAAAAAUGACAUCACUGUGCCACAGCUUUGAGGAGGGUCUUGUAGCUUUUGCAAUAAAACAAGCCGACUGAAAUUUCUGAAUUUU